UAGGGGUUGGCGACGUCUGAGAUUGGCGGGCACACUCUCCUCCCACCCCCGCUCCGAGCGAGCCUGUGCGGGAGGAACAAUUGUGAGUGCGUGGUUGGCGACACUUGGAGUGGCAGUUCCCAGCCAGACUGAGGCCCCCCGCCCCGCGCACCGCGCAGCGACUCCCUCCCCCGUCACUCCCAGCCCGCCUCCCGCAGCCACCCCGGCUCGCUCAUGGUCCGGUCCUGCUCUCAUGGGGCACCAUUCCCUCCCCCCAGACCGCUGCGGGCAGCUGGCGGUCUUCCCCGACGGCCCCGAGGUCCCACCCGUGUCUAGGGCGCCCAGGCCGCGGCUGGGGGCAGAGGGCGGGAGGAGUGACUGACUUUCGGAUUGGUGCCUGUGGCCCACGGCGAGCGGCCCCCGCAGCCGCAGCUGCAGCCCCAGGGGAGCGCGGGGGAGGAGCCGCACCCCCACCUCGAGGCUCCCGGAGGUGCGGGUUUCAGGGGCCGCCCCCCCCGCCCAGUCCUUUUCUGCCUGGGUGGCUCAGCCCGCGUCCAGGGCAGCCAUUUCCAUAGAGACCUUCCCCCCCACUCCCACCCCAGGCUACAAAGACAGGUAUCCAGGUGGGCGGCGGUUCCCGCGCUGCCGGGCCCCCCAAGAAAGGAGCCAGCGCCCCGGCGUGGCCCGGCCCCCGCGGGAGGGCGGAGGCGGAGGAGCGGCGCUGAGCGGGAGGAGCGGCGCCCGCCGGGGCGGGAGGCAGGCAGCGCGGAGGGCGGGCGCCGCCGUCUCAGCAGGGGCGCGGGGGCUGCCCGAGUGCGGCGAGUGGCGCGGCUCCCGGCCACGGGGGACCGAGGCUCACGGGGGACCGAGGCCCGCCGGACACGAGGAAAGCCGCGGGAGAGUCCGGAGGGGGCAGAGUCUCGGCUCCCAUCACCUCGUGGCGGGCCGGGUGCGGAGCGUGGAGGAGCAGCCACCUACACCUGCGGGCGGGCGGGAAGCCCAGGAAAGAGCGGCGAGCGGCGCAGUUGCGGCCCGGCGGCGGGAGCAGCGGGAGCGGCGGGAGCACAGGAGCGGGAAGCCCGGGAGCCUCGGCCGCAGCCGCCCCCGCGAAGAGGGAGCCACGCCAGGGCCCCGCGGAGGCCGGAGGCCGGCGGGGCGCGGGGACAGGGGCGCCCCCGUGCGGAGCUGCCGGGCCGCCCCGGCGCGGCGGCGGGUGCCAUGCUCAAGCCCAAGGACCUGUGCCCCCGAGCGGGCACGCGCACCUUCCUGGAGGCCAUGCAGGCGGGCAAAGUGCACCUGGCCCGCUUCGUGCUGGACGCGCUGGACCGCAGCAUCAUCGACUGCCGCGCGGAGCAGGGCCGCACGCCGCUCAUGGUGGCCGUGGGGCUGCCGGACCCCGCGCUGCGCUCGCGCUUCGUGCGGCUGCUGCUGGAGCAGGGCGCGGCCGUGAACCUGCGGGACGAGCGCGGCCGCACGGCGCUCAGCCUGGCGUGCGAGCGCGGCCACCUGGACGCCGUGCAGCUGCUGGUGCAGUUCAGCGGCGACCCCGAGGCGGCCGACUCUGCGGGCAACAGCCCGGUGAUGUGGGCGGCGGCCUGCGGCCACGGGGCGGUGCUCGAGUUCCUGGUGCGCUCCUUCCGCCGCCUCGGCCUGCGCCUCGACCGCACCAACCGCGCGGGCCUCACAGCGCUGCAGCUGGCCGCCGCCCGCGGCCACGGGACCUGCGUGCAGGCCCUCACCGGCCCCUGGGGCCGCGCCGCCGCCGCCGCCGCCGCCCGGGGCUCCAGCUCCGACAGCCCGCCUGCUCGCCAGGCCCCCGCGCCGAGCCCGGAGCGGCGACGGCCGAGCCCCCGCCGCCUGCAGCGGCCUCUCCUGGCGCGCUUUGCGCGAGCGGCCGGCGGCCACGGCCACGGCGGCGAGGCCGGCUCCGGGGGCAAGAGCUCGGGCCGGCACCGCGCGCCGGGGAGCGAGCGGCCCGAGCUGGGCCGGAGCAUGAGCCUGGCUCUGGGAGCGGUGACCGAGGAGGAGGCCGCUCGCCUGCGGGCGGGAGCCCUGAUGGCCCGACCACACUCGCCCCAGUCCUCGGGGGCCGGGCGGUGGCGUUCGCACGACGGGCUGGAGGGAGCGCCGCCUCCGGCCUUGGCGCAAGCUCCCAUCGGCCUGAGUCCCCACCCCGAGGGCGGCCCCGGCUCCGGCCGCCUGGGGUUGCGCCGGCGCUCCACGGCCCCCGACAUCCCCAGCCUGGUCGGGGAGGCCCCGGGGCCCGAGGGCGGCCCGGAGGCAGAGGCCAAUGCUGUGCCGCACUCGCACUCGACGCCCGGGCCCCAGCCCUGGCAGGCGGGCACGGAGGAGGCCGUGGUGUUGCAUGAUCAGCGGUAAAGAGCAUAGAGGACGAGCCAACUUCCCUGCACCUGCCAGUCUCUGCUCCACUGGGAUUUCUUGUUCUUCCAGGCCCUCUCUUCCCUGGCCAUUUGCCUCCCACCUGACCCCACUGCCAAGAUGAGUGGCCUUCUCUCGGAAAGGAACCCCUGCUAUUUCUUUUUUGUGCUUGUUGGUAGUUUUGGUAUUCCCUGCCCAAGUCUCACCCUUCCCUACAGCCUGCCUUUCUUGUCCUGGAUAGGGAGGCGUAGAAGACUGGUUCCAUGGGUUACAGCCUCCCAGGAAGAUGGACCCCACCCCUCCCUCCACCCUAAGGCUCAGUCCCGAGUCUGUGGCUCCCGCCUGGUCUCCUUCCCAUGGUCAGGUUUCCCCACACCCAGGCAGCCAGGCCGAAGACUGUACAAAGGCCUGCCCCCCCUCCCCCAGGGAUGCUGACAGUAAUGCCACACACGACCCACGUGUCCCAUCCCCUUGAGUGUUGGAGGAGGGGAGCACUGGGUGGGCCUCAGAGACUUUCUGAACGAGGUCUGAUUAGGAAAGAGUCAGGAGGUUAAGCUUUCCUGGAGAGAAACUCCGGCCCCAGGACAAUGAAAGCCUAUUUUGGAAGUGGCAGAGCCCAAGAUGUUGGCUGCUUUUUGUCCCUUGAACCGGUUUCUGGGUAAUUGCAGUUCCUCCUUCUCUUCCCCAGGCCCACCCAGAACCCAACUUCUGUGACACUGUGUGGCCAUUGCCCCAGCCAGCGCCCACCCGCCCCAGCCCCAGGCUGGGCUAUAUUUGAGUUCCAUCUUUGAGGUCCAGCCCAUUUCCUCUCCCUCUCCGAGGCCUGAGAUGCAAAGGACUGAAGCACUCCUCCCGCCCCCACCGCCGCCUGGCUCCCGCAUCCCACACGCGGGUGCCCCUGCAGGGUAGAGCGGUUUUGCGAAGGUUUUGCUUAAUUGUAUUUGUUCCAAUCCUCCAAGAGCUGGCGUUCUGAGCCUUUGUAUAGGAAGCAGAAAGCAGCAGGUCUGAUCCCGGGCUUAAGAACCUGACAAUGUCUCUUUAAAUAGAAGCUCCGCGAGGGGGAUAAUUGACUGAAGUGUUCGCCGCGCUAAACGGCGGCGCGCGGGGGUCGGCGGCCCACACGCGCCGCGGGCCCGGGCUGAAAUCGCAUCAAACUCCGGCGAGAGCCGGGAGGGGGCUGUGAAAAGGCCGAGCCUCUCGCUGGGCUGUUAAUGGAGGGCAGGGCGGAUGCUGGAUGCUGCAAGUCGAGACCACGGACCCCUGCUUCUGCUCCAGCGCGUGGGACGCAGGCUCGGCCCCGCUGCUUUGCUGGGCAGAUUAGUGAGUCAGCGGCGACCGCAGGGAGGAGGCCAAAAGCCCUUUCUCCACGGGCUGGACCUCGUUCCGUUCCCUUCCUCACCGCCGUGGGCGGGCCUGGCGAACCGCGUGCUCUAGGACCCUGCGGAAGCGCUAGCACUUGUAUCUGCGCACCCGGCCCGUCAGGUAGAGGUGCGUGGGGGCUCUUUCUGUGAACCCCGAAGAUUGAACGUGCA